UCACUCUCCACCUCUUUAUUUCAGGGCCCCACUGGAAGACCUGGACUCCCAGGGAACAAGGGUGCCAUUGGGAUGCCUGGACGUGUGGGUGUCAAAGGUCAACCAGGAGAGAAGGGUGCCCCUGGAGAUGCGGGGAUGUCCAUCGUCGGGCCUCGAGGUCCCCCUGGCCAGCCGGGCACUCGAGGCUUCCCUGGAUUUCCGGGUCCUAUUGGUCUCGACGGCAAGCCGGGCCACCCUGGACCUAAAGGAGAGACGGGCCUGGUGGGUCCCCGAGGACAACCGGGACCUCCGGGACAAAAGGGAGAGAAGGGUCAGUGUGGCGAGUACCCACACCGGGAGUACCCAAGCGGCGUCCUAGCAGCUCUGCGCUCCAACCCGAUAAUGUCCCUAAAGGGGGAGCAAGGCCAGGCUGGCAUCCAAGGCCCUCCAGGGCCCCCAGGGCCCCCAGGACCAAGCGGCCCUCUGGGACACCCAGGACUGCCAGGGCCUAUAGGGCCACCUGGUUUACCUGGGCCUCCUGGACCAAAGGGAGACCCAGGGAUCCAGGGCUACCAUGGCCGCAAGGGAGAGCGGGGCAUGCCGGGGAUGCCAGGCAAGCACGGAGCCAAGGGGGCUCCUGGAAUUGCCAUGGCUGGGAUGAAGGGCGAGCCUGGGACUCCAGGAGCCAAGGGUGAGAAGGGGGCUACAGGUUCCCCUGGGCUCUCCGGCCUCUUGGGGCAGAAGGGAGAAAAAGGCGAUGCAGGCAAUGCCAUUGGAGGAGGCAAGGGGGAACCCGGCCCCCCAGGGCUCCCUGGGCCCCCGGGGCCAAAGGGAGAAGCUGGUGUCGACGGCCAGGCUGGGCCCCCAGGACUGCAAGGAGACAAGGGACAGCCAGGAGAAGCUGGGGAGCAGGGACCAGCUGGCCCCAAGGGCUCCAAGGGUGAACCCGGCAAGGGAGAGAUGGUGGACUACAAUGGAAACAUCAGCGAGGCACUUCAGGAGAUCAGGACACUGGCCUUGAUGGGUCCUCCUGGUCUUCCUGGACAAACAGGCCCGCCUGGACCUCCAGGGACUCCAGGCCAAAGGGGGGAGAUUGGACUGCCAGGCCCUCCAGGACAUGAUGGGGACAAGGGACCUCGAGGGAAACCAGGAGAUAUGGGACCCCCUGGCCCCCAAGGGCCCCCGGGAAAGGAUGGGCCUCCGGGAUUGAAGGGAGAGGCCGGACCCCCAGGGGUCCCCGGGGAGAAAGGGGAGACAGGACAAGCAGGCCCCCAGGGUCUAGACGGCCCAACUGGGGAGAAAGGAGAACCAGGUGACCAAGGGAAGCCCGGAGCGACAGGAUUACCUGGGCCCAUCGGGCUCCCGGGAUUCACAGGAGAGAAAGGAGAAGCUGGGGAGAAAGGUGACCCAGGAGUAGAGGUUCCCGGGCCGCCAGGGCCAGAGGGGCCUCCAGGACCUCCGGGCCUCCAAGGUGUUCCUGGACCAAAGGGAGAAGCAGGCCUGGAUGGCACCAAAGGAGAGAAGGGUUCCCAAGGAGAAAAAGGAGACCGAGGGCCUCUGGGAUUGCCUGGAGCUUCAGGUUUGGACGGCAGGCCUGGGCCACCGGGUACUCCAGGACCAAUCGGAGUUCCAGGCCCCGCUGGACCAAAGGGCGAGAGGGGCAGCAAAGGAGACCCAGGGAUGACAGGACCAAUGGGAGCAGCAGGGCUUCCUGGUUUGCAUGGACCACCCGGGGACAAAGGAAACCGGGGGGAGAGGGGGAAGAAAGGCUCUAGAGGGCCUAAAGGGGAUAAAGGGGACCAAGGAGCACCUGGACUAGACGCCCCCUGCCCGCUGGGAGAAGACGGCUUACCAGUCCAAGGCUGCUGGAACAAGUGACGCCUCUAACCUCGGAUUGGCCUGUGUGUGUUUGUACAUAGGAUAUUUAUUUUUAUACAGUUUUCACUUUUUGAAAAUGCCCAAAGUAUGAUGCAUCUUACAGAUCAUUUAAAAAGAGGAGGAAAGCCUGAAUAUUUUGUACAGAAAACAACCCUUUCCCUUUUGUUUACAAGACAUUUUUGUAUAAAUCUGUUUCUAAUACGCUGUCUGUGAGUCUGCUCCUAAUGUUGCAUGAUAUUUGUGCACACUUAUUAAACAUCACAGCUUAAUAAAUUAUUGUGUUCCAGUGCCAAAGGGGGCCCGCCAGCACAGAGGUCUGCAGGCUUACGUGUGAAUUCACAAACAUGUGGAGGUCCAUGAUGUUUGCCAGACUAGAUGUAUCUGAUAAUAUUUUAAACUUCAACUGACUUUCAUUAUUAUUAAAAAAAAUGAAACGUGG